UUCCCUUAUCCUGGGCAAAAUAUAUUCCUCUGUACGCUCUCGAAGGAAGAUGUCUCAGAAGCAAGAAACAUCGAGAAUUGGUGCUUUUUCAAAGGCGUCUGGGACAGAUCUUUCAACUCUGUCCACUCUUUCGCGUUUUGGUGAUUUACCAGACUCCGUCCCGACCAUUUCCACCACCGAUGAGGUCAUUUUGCCGGAAUUUGAGCGUCUCAAGGUCGUUGGGAGAGGAUCCUUUGGAAUCGCUGUUUUAUACCGAAGACGCUCUGACAAGACCUUAGUUGUCCUGAAGCAAGUUAAACUCAGUGAAUUGUCCACGGAGGAACGUGCAAUGGCCAUGAAUGAAGUAGAAGUUUUCUCAAAACUCCAUCAUCCCAAUAUCAUCAGCUAUCUAGGAAGCUUUUUACGCGGUGAUUUACUCCUAAUCGAAAUGGAAUACGCCGAAGGUGGAACUCUAGCUCAGGUAAUAGCUGCUCGAGCACCCACAGAUCGUCUCCCUGAGCGUCAAGUCUUGACAAUUGUGGAACAAAUCACCAGUGCUGUGGCAUAUCUUCAUGCCCAAGCCAUCCUCCAUCGAGAUCUCAAGACAGCCAAUGUCUUCUUGAGUAGACGAGGAGUGGCCAAAAUUGGAGAUUUUGGAAUUUCAAAGAUUAUGCACACCAAAGUGGACACACGAACAAUCCUAGGAACACCCUAUUACUUCAGCCCAGAAAUGUGUGAGGGACGUGACUACGAUGCCAAGAGUGAUGUCUGGGCUCUGGGAUGCAUCUUGGGGGAGAUGUGUUGCCUGAAAAAAGCCUUCUCCGCCUCAAAUCUCUCCCAACUCGUAGCCAAAAUCAUGGCUGGACAGUAUCUACCCCCACCAGCAGGAUAUUCAACAUGUCUAAGAAAUCUCCUGAAGCUGCUGCUUCAAGUAAAUCCAGCAGAUCGCCCUUGUGCUUCUGAAGUACUCCAAUACUGGAUCCCACUUAUCUACCGCCAUUUGGGCCCUCAACGAGGCUACACGUACCCCCGUCAGGCUGAAGAAGAAGCCGCAGCAGCCCUUGAACAGCUCACACUCAAACAAUACACCGAAGAAUCAACUGCAGCCCUGCCAGAACCUCUAACUGAGCGCUCUGUACUUUACCAGUUGCACUCCUUCGGCACUGGUGUCUCAAUGCGUGCCCUACCUCUACCAGCUUCUGCGAAAAUCAGCCGAGUAGCCACAAAUGGGGCCCAUUUUGUUGCUGUAACAGCCGAUGGUGGAGUAUACACCUGGGGUGAUGAUUCGAAAGGACAACUCGCUUUGGGAGGUUCAGGGGGUGAUGGAACAGUCUGGAAGCACUACCCCAGCAAAGUUGAGAGUCUCAAGGAGUAUACAGUUGUUGGAGCGAGUUGUGGGGAUCAGUUUACAAUCUUCUGGACCAACACAGGCGUCGUUCUGAGUUGUGGGGACAAUUCCCAUGGCAUCCUUGGCCAUGGAGACACUGCAAAUCGCUCUCGGCCAAGUGUCAUUGAUCGACUGCAUGGCUUUAAAGUCAUUCAGGUGGCUUGUGGUGCUCACCACGUGGCAGCUCUUACCUCCACUGGCACAAUUUUUACAUGGGGAUCAAGUCGAUCAGGUGCCUUAGGAUUAGGCUCCAGCACCACCGCCACAUUGCCCACUCCCGUGUCAGCAAUUGGAGGCGGAGAAAAUCGCGUGUCAGCAAUUUAUGCAGGGAUUAACUGUACUUUGGCUCUCCUGGAUUCCGGGGAGGUUUAUGCUACUGGUGCCAACACCAAGAAUCGCCUGGGAUUUAGCCCAAGUGUCAAUAAGACUAUGAGAUUCAGAAAAAUUGCCCAAAUAGCAAAAAGAGUGGUUGAUUUAUCUGUUGCUGAAGAGCAUACAGCUUUUAUUUUGGAAGGGGGCUACGUUGUAACCCUUGGAGAUAAUUUCUACGGUCAACGAGGUUUAGGACACAACAGAAGCCCUCCAGAAUCCGCCAAUCUUGUCACUGGCAUCAAAAGCAAAUUCAUUGUGCGCGUGAGAUGCACAUCUACGGGAUCGGUAGUCUUCUCAGACGACAAUGUCGUGAGUUUCUGGGGCACCAGAUUUGGGGUACCCACGGAAAACUUCCCAGACACCCUGACUACGGAUUCAGACUAUCGACUAGGUGGCAAUACAGCUGCAUUUACGAACUUCCUAGUUGCUGUCUAUAAAUCCGAACUCAUACUGGAUCCCAUUGAUAUUCUUGCGCUCUAUUCCUCACCUGAGCAGUUGUCCAAGGGGCACUACGUCAAAAUCGGCGACAUUGUUCCCCUUCAGCACAGCACUCUGAUCCUGGUCAACACGACAAAUCCUUUGAUUUCUUCACCGGAACUCAAUUAGAUCAGCCAUUUCUUC